AUGGCGUCGGCAGGGAUGCAUUUGCUGGCUUUGCUUGCAGCUCUCUUGGCGGUUUCUGACUCGGUGUCCUGGAACGAGGUGGGCGGUGGAGGCCCAGGAGCGCGGCUGCUCGCUAGCUUCACCAAUAUCGAGGACCACGGCUCACUGCUCUUCGCUGGGUGGGACAACGAAGGAGCACGUGUCGGAGAUGGAGGGAUCUCCUUCUCGGACGUGUGGCAAUUCGCCGCGUCCGGCUGGAGCUUGCUGUCAACGUCAGGGCCCAUGCCGGAAUCCAGGUAUGGGCAUGCGGCGGCAUCCUCUGGGAAGAAGUUACUUGUCCACGGGGGGCAUCAUGAUGCUGGAAGGAGGCGAAGAGGAGCUACCAUCACACCUCUUAAGGACAUGAGGCAAUUCACUCCCGCUACGCGGAUGUGGGCACAGGUGACCUUCAGCACUCGAGACGAGCUGAACCCAACAUCUCGCUAUGGUCAUAGCAUGGAAGCUGCGCCUGAUCAAAGCGCCGUCUUCAUCUUCGGGGGAUAUCUCGAGGGCGACUGCAGCCAAGUUUCCAAUGCCCUAUGGUCCCUGAAUUUGACCAACCUGGCGUGGCAACAAAUGCAGCCCUCCACGGGCAGUCCUGUCGAGCGCCGGCACCACGCCAGCGCGGUCUCCAAACGCCGCAACCUCAUGUUCAUCUUCGGCGGCAGAAGAUUUGAUGUCGGUUGCAAUGACAACCUCUUUCUGAACGACCUUUGGAGCUAUGCAUUCGCUGCAAAUACCUGGAGCCAACUGUCCGCAUCAAAUGCUCCCCCGGCUCUGAACCAAGCCGGCAUGGCUUACAGUGAGAUUGAGGACCAGCUGAUCAUCUAUGGUGGUUACCUCGCAAGUAACCAGUACUCGGGGGUUCUGUACCAGUUCGAUGUGGCUCAUGGCCAAUGGAGCACCUUGCAUGAUGGCACGUUCGAUGCCCCCCCUGCCCGUAGGUCACCACAGGCGGUGUGGCGUGCUCCAGGAACCCUGCUGAUGUGCUGUGGCCAGGAUGGGGACCAAAAUGAAUUGAGUGACACUUGGAAAGCGGAGCUCCCCACCACAUCGCUUUGCGUUGCUGGGCAUGUCUUCAAUGGAACCGACUGCUCGGAGUGUCCCGCUGGCACGUACGAUGCGAACCCGGAGACGGACAUGGACGAUUGCGUGGCCUGCGAGGAAGACACCUACUCGGACGCGGGCAUGACGUCCUGUGCCCCGCUUCUGGGACCUUGGAUCCAAGCACUCCCGCCUCCAGACUUGGCGAUUGUGCGAAACCUCGCCGGGAGUAUCCAGUUGAUGGUGACCUCAGCUUUGCUUCCAAGCCACUUUCACGGCGUCGCCACGCUGCCGCGCUAUUUCAUGGACCUGGCGCCGACACCUGACUCCUUGCAACCGGGCACGCUCUGCAGCUCGCAGUGGCGUCGGAGUGUGUACAACAACCAGGAGCAGCUGGUUGCGGAGUUGACGUACGCAGACUUUGAUGACAAGUGCCUGCUGAACGAGACCCAAUCUGGAGAGCUCAUUCAACGUUCUGGAUAUGCUGCACUCUUUGUCGUGAUGGUCGGAGCAAGCGAUUCCACAGUGGCUAAAAUGGUGAUGCCCGUGCAGCUGAACUUCACGCGCACUGCAACGGGGGUGUACACAGGCUAUGUGGCGACAGGUUCGCACCAAAUCAACGAAAAGACCUUCCUGCUCGGCCCUUUCCACUCCAGCGUGCACUUCUACGAUGCCGCAUAUGAGACCAAGAAUGACCCGGCCGUCUAUGUCUAUGGCUCCGUGGCGUAUGUGGAGCAUCAGCUGGAAGGCGAGCUGGAGAUGGACGUGGUGCAGGUGUGGAUCUCCAGCUCCAGAGACUCCAGCAACAUGACAGCCCUCACCGAGAACCUCACGGAGUCCUUCGUGCUCAGCUCCUCCGAAUUGGGCAAGGCCAGAAGGUCGACCCACAAACGCGUGUGUACAAAAUCAUGA